UAAGUGCGGAGGGUCCAGACUGGCGAUCUGGAGGACUGCCCCGGAUUAUACCCUGCUGGAGGGGAAAUUAUUAUCACUUACUAGUGUUUUAUUACACGGAUAGAAAACCGUUUGUAUGUUAUGUGCAUGAGGAAGUGUAACCUAGCGAUUGUUUAUUAUUUUUGUUUGUUUAUAUUUUUGUUUACUUAUUUCAACAUAAACACACAAUGCACAAGUCCCCCAUCUAGAGAUCUGCUGUGAUGGACUGUGUGUAAGGUUUUCCACCAAUCUAUCAGUCCAUCACUUAUAUCACACACAAUGAAGAACAAUGAAGACUGAGCCCCAGAGACGUGUGCGUGUGUGUGUGUGUGUGUGUGUGUGAGUGAGUGAGAGAGAAAGUUUUGAGCUGAUGUUCACACACAGGGUGUGUUCUGUGAUUACACAAUGAUCAGAAGUAUGAUGCAGACGCUUGGCUUCAUCCUCUUCAUGCAGAUGUGAGAUUUCAUCCAGUGCAACAUCAUCAGGAUGCACAAGAGCCUCGUGAUUGGCUGGCUGUGUGCAUGACUGUGUGCAUGAGCUGGCUGAUAAAAGGUGGAGUGACAUAAAACAACAACAGGAACACAUAGACCCACAUAGAUACUUGUUAGGAUUCGACUUAUAACAGUGACUGCUCUCCUAUGGGAAAACAAUUGUGUGUUCAGCAUCAAAAGGGUUCUCAUCGAUACUUGGCUUCAAGCCAACAAGUUCAGCUGAGUCUUGUUUAUGUGUCUGAUUAACCCUUUAAUAGCCUUUAUCAUUUAUAUACCUGGAUUUGUAUAUAACAACUUGGAUUAAACUGAGCAAAUGGAAGAAGAAAUGGGUAAACCUGGUAAGAAAGUCGUGCGGCUCGUAGAGGGUCACCCGGAAGGAAUCCUGCUCUCGAAGCUGGCUGUUUUCUACAAUCAGAAGUACCGUCAUAACCUGACCGUGGCAGAUGCUGGCUUCUCCAACAUUUCUGAUUUCAUUGCCUCAUUAAGCGAGCACCUGUUGGUUAAGAAUGGCACAGUUUUCCACAGGAAUCACAUACCCCAGAACCAAGACACUCCAGAGGUGGUGGAAGGGGCGCAAAGCAGCCCAGAAGCUUUUAAAAACACAGAAAAGGACAGAAUAGCACAGGAAGUGGUGGAAUUGGUUCAGGAGCACCCUGAAGGCUUCCCUCUCGAGCAGCUGGCUGUGCUGUACAGUUUUCGCUACAUGCGAAACCUGAUCGUUACAAACCUAGGCUUCCCCUCACUCUCCAGUUUUGUCGAGUCCCUGUCGAAGGAUCUGCUGGUGCAAAAUGGGAACAUCUUUCACAAGAUGCACAGGGUUACUCCCGGAUCACAGUCAAACGGAACCCCUCCCCCAACGAAGACGGGUUCUGUAAUAUCCCGUGGCGCAACACCAUUGCGUAAGGAAGGUGAGAUGGCCCAAGAGGAGCUCCUUCAAAAGGUUAAAGAGGUUAUCAGAGUCUACCCGGCUGCUGCAACCUGCAUUAGACAAUUGAUGAAUGGCUACUUCCUGCAUUUUGGCUCAAUUUUGCCACUGGGGUUAUAUAUGUCACUGUACAACCGUCAGACCGGCACUCAGCAGUCAGCUAUGGGCCAAGAACGGUUUAUUGCAGAGCAGGAGACAGAAAGUUCUGCUACAUCGGCAAAGAGGUUACUGACACCUAGCGAAAGCCCACAGCGCUCUUCAGCGGACCACCACCUGACCAAAAAAGUGGUAAGUUCCAAGAGCGGCUCUCCUAUGUGGCAGCGUAAUGCAACUCCACCACCUGCAGACUCCAGUGUUACGUCGUUGCUGGACUUCCCACCUCUCAAUCCCAGACAGUCCAGAGCUGCAGAGAAAAACAGAGAUGGCCAGGAGGGAGGCAGCCUGGUGUUCCGUCAAGCCCACCAUGCCCAACUGAGACAGGUACACGGAGCUAACGUUCGUGCAAUAGAAGCCCUGGAGGUGGCAAACGAGCAGAAGGAUACAGUGGGCAGGCGCAAGAAGACGGCGAGUAGAGACGAUGUAAACAGCCUGGCUGAGGACGCCAUUCGAGACAUUGCAGCUGAGGGGGAGCAUGUCACAGUUGAGAAGGUCAUAAGCAAAGUGUGCAUGCUUUUGCAAGUGGCAACAUUGAAUGCACUGGGGAUCAGGUCUUAUUGGCAGCUGCCUGCUCUGAAGGAACUCGAGCGGACCAUUAAGGAGAUAAACCUCUUCGUUCAGUCGAUAGAGGCGAUCUGUUCCAUGUGCACUCUCUAUGAGCUGGGUCAGGCGAUUGCUGGCAUCAAGAACAAGAAGAGAUUUGAAGAGCUCCAACUAGGGCCGCUCUGUAAAAUCCCGAUUAUUCACCGUCUGUUCAUAAUAGAAGAAAACACCAAGGAUGAAGAUAUACACCAGAUCGAGACCGUGGAUCUUCUUAGGAGUCUUCGUAGCUUCAGGAGAAAGCACACCAAGCAAAAGAUUGACCUCGCCGAGUUCAUGAAGUACCUUGCAGACCAGUACAACUGUAAUUCACCGUAUGAACUCGGAGUCCGGAUCCAGAGCGUUGGCCUUCCCAUUUCGACAUUGUCGAAGGCGUAUGGGUGUGAAAACGUUUGCUUGGAGAGAGCCAGAGAGACCAUUCAGAAGGAUAUUGAGGAGGAGGUUGAGGCCAGGCUGUGGAAGAUUAAAAAGAAUUUGCUGGAGCCAGCACAGGGAGCGCCACUCUACUCAUCGUCAGGCAGCCUGGAGCUCAGAAAGAAAUAUGCCAGCUUGACGGCUGCCGAGGCCGUCCUUGAGGUCUUCACUAACUCUGCGGGAAUCUUCAGUCCAAGGAUGACCAAGCGAGUUCAGGAAUUCCUCAUGUGCGUAUCCGGAGACAGGCUGGCUCGGACCUUGUUUCAGCUGGCUAUCUGCGGCGGCUCUCUGGCCCUCCCAAAUGACCUGGCUCUGAAGGAGAAACACGAAAAACAUGUCACGGAGCAAAAAGCAUCUGAGAAGAAGGCAACUGAGAUGCCACCAACUGAAGAUGCUGUGAAGCAGUACUUCCAGAACUGCAUAUCCACCGUCAUGGGUGCGCUGACUUUGCCGUAUCUCAGCCGGCUGGAGAAGAAGAUGGCAGAGCAUUUCAAGUUCAAAGAGUUUCCUCAGCUUUAUCAGGGCUCCUUCCUGGAGUUCCUGGUCAAAAACUUGCAGAUUCUACAGGAUGCUGCAGGAGGCGCUGUAGCUAUUGGAAACCAGGAUUUUCGAGCAUACGGCUUCAGACCCAGCCAGCAAGAUGUGUAUGACUUUAUUAAGCAAUGCGGAGAAGCAGAUCCUUCACGACUGCCAUUCAUCGAGGCUGCACUCAGGAGCCACUACAGGGUUCAGGACAGUCGAGAGCUGGGCUACGGAAAACUGCGUACCCUGGUAGACUUUGCCAGGCGCCAGAAGCAGCUGUGUGAUGGGGCCAGUUCCAGUCUUGUGCGCUAUGAAUGCCCUCUGCUCCCUAAAGAGCCAGAGGACCUGCUGGUGGAGACAGUGGGCUUGCUAGGGGACAAGAGCCGGGAGCAAGCAGUGGCAAGUCUCCUUACUGCCCCACUUCUGGAGGACCUGGCUGAAUGGAGCCAGUGGAAGCUGGUUUUUCAGCCCAGUCAUGGACCCCUCAAACACUUUGUUGACAAAUAUUGCGGUAACACAGACCUUCUGGCUUUAGAGGUGUCUCCUGGAGUACUCUUGAGGAUCACCUCCAUCACUGGCGAUAAAUUCUUCGCUAAAGCCACUCAGGCCCUUGACCCUGCAGGCUCUGCCGGUCACUUGGUGUCCAUCGUGGUGGCUUUUGGGAUUUCAAACGCCCCCACGGCACUGCUAGCUAAUCACAUGGAGAGUGCGCUAGCAGCAACAGCUGCCAGAGAAGACCCAUCCCUCGAUGAAGACAGUAGCUCCUUCAGCACCGUGGCCAAGUUCGUGCUCGAAUGUUUGACUCGGAUGCCUACUAAAAUCUGCAGAGAGCUGCUGCAACAGGUGUUUCUGGAGCCUCUUUCGAGAGUGCUUGGCCAGGCCAUGUCUAAAACUGUGCUCCUGGACGCAGCUAAGUCAGAGACAAGGUACCUCAACAAGCUCCAUCAGCUGGGCAUCCUGCUGGGCAUCACUGAAUGGGUGCAGGACUUCCACACCAAACUUCUCGUACCCCUGACACCUGAGGUGCCUUCACAGAAACCGCUGGCUGACUCUAUGAGUGACGUCUCCUCAGUACUGAGUCUGGCUGAUGGUGAGGAUUUGUUGGAAAACUCCGAGCUCAUGUCUGACUCCAGUUCUAAAGCCUCGAAGCAGGAUGCAGAUAAUGAUGGCGACAGGAACGGCGUUAAAGAUGAUGCCGAUGCUGACGAUGAAGAUCUCUAUGAACUGGCAUCAGUGAUGAACGAGGAGGGUAACAGCAGUGUUGACAGUAAAGAGGAGGAUGAGGAAGGUGAAGGUGUAGAAGUGGCUCCUGAAGGACAUUCAGAUGGGGAGACUGUUAGUGAGCAGCUCAGUCAGCAGAGAGCCAUCAUCGAGGACAUCAGGAAAAACGAGUUCGGUGUGGGAGUGGAGCUGAACGAAGCGGGUCAGAACCUAAUGAAGAAGCAGCAGGCGAGGCUGGGCCGCAGUCUGGAGCGCCUCUCCACUGAACUCUACAGCAAAGACACACACUUUGUCCUGGAACUCAUUCAGAAUGCUGAUGAUAACAGCUACACAGUGGACAGAAAGGAGGAUCCGGCGUUGGCCUUCGUAGUGCAGAAAGACUGUGUCACUAUUUUGAAUAACGAGUGCGGUUUCGAGGAGAAGAACGUGCGAGCCAUCUGCGACGUGGGAAAGAGCACCAAGGGAAAGCAUACUUGUGGAUACAUCGGGCAGAAAGGCAUCGGCUUUAAAUCGGUUUUUAAAGUCACAGACUGUCCUGAAAUCCACUCCAACGACUUCCAUAUCAAAUUUGACAAGGUCAGCAGCCCUAUGGGAUACAUCCUGCCUCACUGGGUGGAGGAGGAGAGACCUGUGCUCUCAGUUGCCAAGGAGAUUGCUGAGAAAAGCUGGACCACAAAGAUCUUCCUGCCUCUCCGAUCAGAGAGCUACCAGACCAAAAACCUUUUCCAUGACGUCCAUCCGUCUCUCCUGCUCUUCCUCCACCGUCUUCGCUCCAUCAGCAUCCACAGUGAGGCCGAGAGGAGACUGGUGCAGAUGACGAGACGAGAUCUGAGUCACAACGUGGUGGAGGUGGAGCACACAGGCGGGGUGGAGCGCUGGCUGGUCGUCAAGAAGAUGCUCCACCCACAGAAGAUUAAGAUGGAUGUGGAAUCUACAGAGCUAGCGCUUGCCUUUCAGCUCAGUAAUAACUCCGAGUACGAAGUGAAGGUGCAGCCUCGACAGCAGCCCGUCUUCGCCUUCCUGCCCCUGCGAAGCUUCGGCUUCCGCUUCAUCGUCCAAGGAGAUUUUGACAUACCUUCUUCUAGAGAGGAUGUUGAUAGGGACAGUUCCUGGAAUCAGUGGCUCCGGUCGGAAAUCCCACAACUCUUCUUGGAAGCCAUGGAUGUAUUCAGUAGUCACCCAGAGUUCAGUGGACUGCAAGGACUCUGUCAGGUUUUGCAGUAUAUUCCCCAGCCUAAUGAAAUCCUGGACUUCUUCAACCCUGUGGCCAAACAGAUCAUCCAGCUGCUGAAGGGGAAACCCUGCCUUCCAGUCAAGAUGGACGACAAGGGCAGAGUGGAGUUUAAGCUGCCUUCGCAGGUGGCUGUAUGCCAGGACCCUUUAUUCCAGGAGGUUAUCGAAGGAGAGGAGCUGUGUAAGCACCUGAACCUGUCAUAUCUUCACCCUGCACUGCAGUCAUCACUGUCCUCUUCUCUGCUCACUGCUCUGGGUGUUCAGCGACUGAAGGCUCCAAACAUCACCACCGUCAUCUGUGCGAUGGCCAAGACUCUCGUACAAGAGCAUGACAUUCUCUCAGAUGCCAGUCUGAAAAAGCUAGCUAAAUUGCUGGCGUGUAAUUUCCGCGCUCUGGAUUCUGAGUACAACGAGGUGGACGGGCUCCUCCAGGCCCUCCGCGAAGUUCCCAUGAUCCCUCUGGCAGACGGGCGUAUCGUGGCUCUGAACGCAGAGGGUGUCUUCUUUCCUCUCAGUGAGGAGAAUCCCAAAGGUCUGGAUGCUCUGUACAAGGACCUGAGCAUUGUGGAGCCACGGCUGCUGACGUGCCUGGAUAAGUUGGGUAACUCUCAGGUGCGAGAGCUGCUCGGGAGGCUGCAGGUUCAUGAGCUGGAGCCCAAAGAGGUGCUGCAGCAGCACAUCUACCCCAUACUGAAGAAUGCUGCUUGGAAGGAAAAGCCGAAAGACAUCACGAUCAGCUACCUGGUGUUUAUCAAGGAGCAUUCGCAGGAGCAAGACUACAGGGUGCUGAGGGAAGCCAUUCCUGUACUCACCAAUAAGGGUUUCCUUUGCCCUGGCCAAAGAAAAGUGCAGUUCUCUGAAGAGUACGGCAACAUCGACCUGCCCAACAAGCUUCCUGGUGUGGACUGGGUCCUGCUGGAUUCGUGCUACCUGCGUGACGGAGAUCUGUCAGGAUGGAGGGAUUUCUUGAGUGACCUCGGAGUGAGGGAUCUUCUCAUUUUCAGGAAGGAGCGACGCACCCUCAGAGCCACAGAGCUGGCAUCAAGUCCAUGGGCGGCAGAGGCAGAGAUGUGGCCCAAAACUUCAGAUCAACACUAUAUCAUAGAGGAUCAGCAGUGUGAAGAGCUCCACUCUCUGAUUACGGCAGAUCAACUUCCACCUGAUAUCAAACUGCAGCAAAGACAAGCUCUGGUGAACCUGCUGGAAAACAAAUGGGACACAGGAGAGAAGUACGCUCAGUACCUCAGUGCUCAGGUGUUGGACAGCCAGGGCCGCACCCUAAGAGACACGAAGUCUUCGUUUUACUUCCACCUCACCCAGCUGACAUGGGUGCCUGCCUUCAAACCCACACAUGAUGAGAAACAGCUUGUGGAGUAUUUGCGUCCAAACAGGGUGUAUCUCUUUUCUGACAAAGUGCACAAACUCUUAGGAUCCCAUGUCUAUUACGCCAAUCUGGAUCCGAGCGAAUUCUCCCGGGCCAUAGGAAUGAGACACACUGUUCAGGUGGACGAGUUGGUCAUGUACCUAAAACGCUGGUGUACGAAGGAGUCUGAUGGUGAGCUCGAAGGAGCCGAUUUCAUCACCACUGUGCAGCACAUCCACUCGGUGUAUUGCUACUUGCAAGCAGAGUGCUCCAUCACACAGCUUCGCGAGCUCUUCCAGCACUCGCCUGCUGUCUUCAUAGAGUACGACAGGAAGGACGAGUGGUCUUCCGGACGCUUCUACCAUCUCAAAGACGUGUGCUGGCGAGAUCCAACAGAGAUGUUUUUAAGAUACAAGGAGCUGAUCCGCAGGCCAGACAGCAGGGUCCAGGAACCUAAAUUACUGGCUCCAUUUUAUAGCAAACUGCUGCAAAUGGAAGAAUUGUUCAAGUCUUUGAAUGUGGAACCCAGUCCGUCCAUGAAGCAGUAUGUGGACCUGUUGGAGGCAAUAUGUGAAUCAUCGCCACUACCUGCAGGAGAGGUGCUUCAGGAUAUCUCCAUCAUUUUUGCCAGACUGGCCGAAAAGUGCAAACGAGCCACACACUUGGAACAAGAUCAAGACUUCGAAUUAAACCAGCAAUACUGCAACUCACUGAAAGCGAUGGUGUCUCGUCUGAAGGUGUUUCCUACCAAGACGCAGGCCUGGGUCACACUGGCUCGGAAACCUAUGAUACCAGACAACCCAAACCUGGAGAAGAUCUUUAAAUCUCAUUCAGAAGUUUGCCUACUCAACCUGCCCACGGCUCAGAAAAAAACAACCAACAGACUUAACCGAAAUCUAAAAGGCAAGCUGCAUGAGGAGAAGCUGGCCUUCAGCGAGAGCGACAGAGAACUUUUCCUCGAGAUAUGUGGUGUAAAGAAACUCUCCCAGUGCGUCACCACCGAACCACAGACGGAGAACUUCAGGCCAUGUCCAGCUAUGCAGAACCUGGUGCGUGGCCUCAUCCCAUACAUCCAGAGGUUCAUCUACUAUCAUGACGAGCUCGGAGAAAUAUACGAAGACCUGAAAGAGAGCGGAAUUGCCCAGGAGAUCAAGUCUCUGAGCUUCGGUCAGGUGGGAAAACUGUACAUUUAUUACCGCUUGGAACAGCCAGACCAGACGCCCAUUUUAGAGAGCGACGACAUUAUAUGUCUUCUGAAAGACAGGAAAGAGUUGUACAUUCAGAAAGACCAUCUGUCCUCUAAAAUGGCCAUCUGCAGAGAGCUGGUGAAAUUGUUCACCACAGAGAAGAGAUUUAUGGAGGAACUGAAACACUUUCUCGAGGAAAUUGUUCUCCGCAUCGACGAUUCGGACUCCUUGAAACGACUGCUGGAUAAUAAAGACAUUCAGGAGCUUCCUCAGGAUGAAGAGCGAUGGGAGGUUCCGGCACCGCUGGAGACGUCUAUACCCAAGAAGCUCUUUGCAUUCGGCUCCACUGAAAGCGCACAAGAAGUGGAGAUAAACACAGAGGAGGAGGAGGAGGAUGAUAAGCUGCGCUCUUGGCCUCCCAAAGCAUCGAUCAACAAAACAGGAAGCCGAGGCACAGGAAAAGGAAGCCAGGCAGUAGAGGCAGUAAUGAAGAUGUGGCCUCCUCCAGCACCUCUCUCCUCUUCGGGUUUACCGGGUUCUCCUGCAUCUCCUGCUCAUUGGGCGCUGGAGCUGAGAGGAGCUCUUCCAGUAUGAGCGCUCAGGAAAAUACGCCAGAACUCCAACUACACAGAGAACCGGGGAGUAUCCCGGGAAAUCAGGAAUCCUGGUCGAGAGGCAGCAUUCCACAUGGAGAAG